GCAAGAUGAAAGCCCUCCUAUUCAUAUCUCAGGCGAUCAUCCUUGUGCUGUGCACAUACGCAGCUGGAUCACCAUCCUCGCGACAACGUCGAGAAAUCUACGGUGGUUAUGGACAUGGUUAUCAUGCUGGAUACUCUGGACACGGUGUUGCCUUGGCAGGACCAUUACUAGGUCAUACAAGUGUGGCUGGUCCUCGCGUUGGAGCAUCCGUUCUUUCCGGACCUUCGAUUGGACCAGCCAAAUUAUCAGGCUCAGCUUCUGGACCAGUUCACGUAUCUGGUGCUGUCGCUGGUCCAGCCGUUGUUACUGCUUCCGUUGCUGGACCUGCAUAUGUCGAAGGUUACAAUGGACCAUACGAUGGUGGAUACUAUAACUCUCCUUCUUUCGCCGGUUACGGUUACGCGGGUUCUCCCGGCUACGUCGGUUACGCGGGAUAUGCAGGAAACGCAGGAUACGCAGGACACGCAGGACACGGCGUUGUCCUCGCAGGACCUGCGUCCCACGGCGCCGUCGUAUCAGGACCUCAUUCUGGCGGCUCGGCCGUCGCCGGUCCUCAUGCCGGUUCGGUGAUCAUUGCUGGUCCCUCGGGAAAAAUCACAGCUCAUGGUGCCGGAUACGGUGGCGUUCAUGCUGGAUUGCAUAAUCACGGUCAUUGGUAACGAGUGUAUUGUCCCUUGAAACUCAUUUAAAAAUGUCCAAAAAUACUCGAUGUCUCGUUCACCAAUUAUUUUCUAUAUAUGAUGAUGAUAGGUUCGUUCCUUCUAUUUUCUUUUUUUAUACUUUUUUUUAACUUUUUUCUUUUUUC